GCGCAGGCAACGACUUCGUCAUCAUUGAUAACCGUAAAGGCGUUGUCCAAUACGAAAAUACCGAUUUUGUCGAAAAGGUUUGCCAACGCCGGAUGUCUGCCGGUGCAGACGGUGUGCUGCUUGUCGAAAAUACGGAUAAAGCGGAUUUCCGAAUGCGCUACUUCAACGCGGACGGCGGCGAAGCGGAGACCUGCGGAAAUGGCGCGCGUUGUAUCUCAAGGUUCGCCUAUAUUAAUGGCAUCGUUUCGGAGAGGAUGUCCUUUUGAGACGCAAGCGGGAAUCUACGAAUCAGAAAUUCUCGGCGCAGACGUCAAGGUUCGGAUGAGCGAUCCAACGGACGUUCGAUUGAACUUUCCGCUUCAGUUGGAAGAUGGCGUCCACAACAUCUCUUUCGCCAACAGCGGCGUUCCCCAUGUCCUCUUUUUCGCUGAAGAUUUGGAGGGAACGGAUGUGUUCGGGCUUGGCAGGCAGACGCGCUACCACGACGACUUCAAACCUGCGGGGACAAACGCCAAUUUCGUUCGGGUCAAAGAUUCUCAAGCGAUUGACAUCCGCACCUAUGAACGCGGCGUCGAAGAUGAAACGCUCGCCUGUGGUACGGGCUCUAUUGCCGCUGCGGUUGUCUCUGCCGCGCUAGGGAAAGUCACGUCCCCGGUCGCUGUGAAGACUGCGAGCGGUUCGGUGCUGACCAUCCAUUUUGACCUAGUGAACGGUGAACCGGAAAAUGUCUAUCUGGAAGGGGAUGCCCGAAUCAUCUAUGCGGGUGAACUCACAGAGGACGCUUGGGUGUAUUAA